GCAGGAAUAAUGGGCACGACGAUCUCCGUGUCCUCAAUGCCGAGGGACGAAGUGGAUGAACACAAGAAGAGAAGCCUGAGCAAACCCAGGUUGAUCGUGACAGCCUUCGGUUUCAAGCUGGUUAAGCAGAAAAGUGACAAGAAUGUCAAGCCACGUCCUCAAUCAUCUCAAACCACCCAUAACAGAGAAGGUAUAAAAACACCAUCCCAAAAUGGUCCAGAACAGUCUGAAGAAAUCAAGAUGGUGGAACAAAAACUGGAACAAACUAAACUCCCAGUAACCAAGCAGCUGAACGCUGUGCAGCAGAACCAACCAAGCCACCAGGUCCUCACAUGUCCAGUUCCUAUCGUUGUCCAAGCCUCCACUGGCGAGCUGCUGCUCUGUCUGGGUCGAUUCUUGCGUCGCCGCUGCCUUAAAAUUUCAGAUCUGACCUCAAACGAGGUGAUCGCCUGGUUCAGGAACGUGGACAGGACACUUUUGAUGCAGGGCUGGCAGGAGGAGGGCUUCAUAACGCCACCCAUCCUCGUCUUUGUCUACCUGCUGUGCCGGGACAUAGUGAGUGAGGACAUCACCAGUCCAGGUGAGCUCCAUGGUAUCUUUCUCACCUGCCUGUAUCUGACCUACACUUACCUGGGCACAGAGAUCUCAUAUCCGCUCCAGCCCUUCGUUAUUGACACCAAUAAGGAUGUGUUCUGGACGCAGGCUUUGGGUGUCAUCGAUAAACUCAGCUCUGAAAUGCUCAGGAUCAACAUGGACCCGCAGUUCUUCACUGAGGUUUUACAGGAGCUAAAAAAUGAAGGGGAGAUGAAGAACAAAACUGGUCUUGACCGCUGAAGUUCAAGAUUAUAGAUCCUUGUAUUUCUUCUAAAUGGUCAUGAUGGAGUAAAUGUUUACUUUUAUAAUAAGGAUUUCCACCAAGCUCCAAAGUGUGUAAAUGU